AUGAUCCAGAACAGGAGCUCAGAGACAGGGUGUCUCUCAGGUGGCAGCACCUCCAACGGCACCAGAAGCCAAGCCGAAGUCGCUGUCAUUUCCUCAGUCAUAUCCAUGUCUGUGGGCAUCCUCUCCAAUACUCUCGCCCUCUUCAUCCUGGUCAAAGCUUACAAGCGCUUCCGCCUUAAGUCCAAGGCCUGCUUCCUGCUCUUCGCCAGUGGCCUGGUGGUCACCGACUGCCUGGGCCACCUCAUCAACGGCUCCCUGGUGUUUUAUGUCUACGGCUACAGCAAGGACUGGGAGGCCUUUGACCCCAAGCGGAUCCUGUGUGGCGUCUUCGGCGCCUCCAUGGUCUUCUUCGGCCUGAGCCCCUUGCUCCUGGGGGGCGUGAUGGCCGUUGAGCGCUACCUCGGGGUGACCCACCCUUUCUUCCACGCGGCCUUCAUCGCCUCGCACCACAUGAAGACGCUCAUGGGCUCCACCUGGCUCCUGGCCCUGUUUGUGGCCCUGUUGCCCAUCCUGCUCCGCCGGCCGUACCAGGUGCAGUGCUCGCGCAGCUGGUGUUUCUUUCGGAUGGUGGGCGAGCGCGACUGGCUGGACGCCCUCUCUCCGGUGCUCUUCUCCACCCUGGGGCUGCUGGCGUUGCUCGUGUCCAUCGUGUGCAACACCAUGACCGGGUUUGCCCUCCUGCAGUCAAGGCAACACAGCCAUCGUGACCGACCCCGUCAUCACCACCGGAAAAGCUCUGGCCACCACUCUGAAAUGAUCUGCCAGCUGUUGGUCAUCAUGAUCGUGUCCUGUGUUUGCUGGGGCCCCUUUCUGGUCAAUGUCAUUAUCCUGAGCAUCAAUGAUCAAGAUCAGCGCGCCUACACCCGUAUGCUUCUCACAGUGCGCAUAGCUACAUGGAACCAAAUUCUGGACCCGUGGGUUUACAUCCUCUUGCGCAAGGCCGUCCUGAGGAAGCUGUUCCUGGUCACCCACCGAUGCUGUGGCUCACACCCUCAACGACUGUACACCUGGAGGUGUGAAACUCUGAUGAGGUCGGUGGAGAUCAGCACGUCUGUCAUCAGCAGACCUGAGUCUCUUUGUCCAGAUGAGGGCGCUAUACCUGAGAGUGACACACAGUCUGCUGUUAACCCUGAAAACAGGAUAUGA